CCGCAGCGGUUGAGGAGCGUUUCCUGCCGCCAUGGCAACCGCGGUGGCGUUAGUGGUGUCCAGGGCUCCCGGCACCCUCCAGCACGGGGCUCAGCGAUUGGACGAGGGGGCCGGGGUUCGCCAAGACGGCGCGCCCCGAUUGGGCCGUUCGCAUUGACUGUUGUAAAGAGGAAAAAAAAAGGGCUGGGGGUGGUGGCGCGGAGGAUCAGUGCCUGGAUCGGAAGCGGACGCGGAGACGCCGGAGCCCGACGGGCGCGGACAGGAUGAGAUGCUAGUUCUGUGGGAUUGAUGGUUUACAAUGCCCAAUCAAGACAAAAAGGUGAAGAGCACAGAAAAAGCAACAGAUAAAAAACCCCGGGGGGUCAUUGCUAGGGAUUACUCUGAUCUUAAAAGACUUCGGUGUCUCUUAAAUGUCCAGUCAAGCAAACAGCAGCUCCCAGCAAUUAACUUUGAAACUGCUCAAACCAGCAUGACAAAGUCUGAGCGACAUAACAGCAAGAUUAAUGGACAGAGAAGCCAAGGUCAUUGGCACGAGUCAACUGAAGCUGUUGAACUUGAAAACUUUAGUGUAAAUUACAAGAAUGAGAGAAAUUUUAGCAAGCAUCCUCAGCAGAGGCUGUUUCAAGAAAUCUUCACAGCUUUGGUUAAGAACAGACUUAUCUGUAGGGAAUGGGUUAAUCGAGCCCCAUCCAUCCAUUUUCUGAGAGUGUUAAUUUGCAUGAGGUUAUUAAUAAGAGAUCCAUGCUAUCAGGAAAUGCUCCAUAAUCUUGGUGGGAUUGAAAAUCUAGCUCAGUAUAUGGAAACAGUAGCAAAUGGGUAUCUUGGAUAUGGAGAAGAGCAGCAUAAUGUAGACAAGUUGGUCAACAUGACAUAUAUUUUUCAAAAGCUGUCUGCUGUUAAAGAUCAAAGAGAAUGGGUUAUAACCAGUGGAGCACAUAAAACUUUAGUAAAUUUGCUAGGAGCCAGAGACAGUAACGUGUUGUUGGGGGCCCUCCUUGCUUUGACUAGCUUAGCAGAAAGUUCAGAAUGUAGGGAGAAGAUAAGUGAGCUCACCAUUGUUGAAAACUUGUUGGUGAUAUUACAUGAAUAUGACUUGCUUUCUAAAAGGUUGACUGCUGAAUUACUACGUCUCCUCUGUGCAGAGUCACAACUCAAAGAGCAAGUGAAAAUGUAUGAAGGAAUUCCCAUCCUGCUCAGUUUGCUACAUUCAGAUCACCUCAAGCUUCUGUGGAGUGUAGUUUGGAUUUUGGUACAGGUUUGUGAAGACCCUGAGAUUUGUGUGGAAAUCAGGAUUUGGGGAGGAAUCAAGCAACUCCUUCAUAUUUUGGAGGGAGAUAGAAAUCUAGUUUCUGACCGUUCUUCUAUUGGAAGUUUAUCUAGUGCAAACGCAGCAGGGAGAAUCCAACAGCUUCAUUUAUCAGAAGAUCUGAGUCCUCAAGAAAUACAAGAAAAUACUUUCUCCCUCCAAGCAGCUUGUUGUGCUGCAAUUACUGAACUAGUACUCAAUGAUACUAAUGCUCACCAAGUAGUACAGGAAAAUGGAGUCUAUACAAUAGCAAAACUAAUUUUACCGAACAAACAAAAGAAAGCAGUAAAAGCUAAUUUAUUACAGUGUUAUGCUUUUAGAGCCUUGAGGUUUCUCUUCAGUAUGGAAAGAAACAGACAUCUUUUUAAAAGACUCUUCCCUACUGAUUUGUUUGAGAUCUUCAUUGAUAUUGGACAUUACGUUCGCGAUAUCAGUGCUUAUGAAGAGCUAGUAUCAAAGCUCAAUUCAUUACUGGAGGAGGAAUUGAAGCAAAUUGCUGAAAGUAUUGAAAGCAUUAAUCAGAACAAAGCACCUACAAAAUACAUAGGCAAUUAUGCAAUUUUAGAUCAUCUUGGCAGUGGAGCUUUUGGAAGUGUUUAUAAGGUUAGAAAACAUAGUGGCCAAAAUCUUCUAGCAAUGAAAGAAGUCAAUUUACAUAACCCAGCAUUUGGAAAGGAUAAAAAAGACAGAGAGAGCAGUGUAAAGAACAUUGUCUCUGAAUUAACCAUCAUUAGAGAACAGCUUUAUCAUCCCAAUGUUGUACGAUAUUACAGAACUUUCCUAGAAAAUGACAGGUUGUACAUAGUAAUGGAGCUCAUAGAGGGGGUACCACUAGGAGAACACUUUCAUUCUUUGAAGGAGAAGCAGCAGCAGUUCACAGAAGAGAGAAUAUGGAAUAUAUUUAUACAACUGUGUUUAGCUCUUCGUUAUUUGCACAAAGAAAAGAGGAUUGUCCAUAGAGAUCUCACUCCAAACAACAUCAUGCUGGGGGACAAAGACAAAGUAACAAUUACUGACUUUGGUCUUGCAAAACAGAAACAAGAAAACAGCAAACUCAUAUCAGUUGUGGGAACUAUUCUGUAUUCCUGCCCUGAAGUUGUAAAGAGUGAACCAUAUGGAGAGAAGGCUGAUGUCUGGGCUGCAGGGUGCAUCCUUUAUCAGAUGGCAACACUGAACCCUCCUUUUUACAGCACCAACAUGCUCUCUUUGGCAACUAAAAUAGUAGGGGCUAUGUAUGAACCAGUGCCUGAAGGAGUCUACUCUGAAAAAGUGUCAGUUACUAUUAAAAGGUGCUUGACCCCUGAUGCAGAGACUCGUCCAGAUAUAGUAGAGGUCAGUUCGGUCAUAUCUGAUGUGAUGAUGAGGUAUUUAGAUGGCUUAUCCACCUCCCAUCUUACCUUGGAGAAGAAGCUAGAGCGUGAGAGGAGACGUACUCAGAGAUACUUCAUGGAAGCUAAUAGAAAUGCAGUAGCUUGUCACCAUCAGCUUGCCAUCUUAUCGCAUGAGCGUUAUGAGAAGUCAAGCUUCAGCAGCAGCAGCAGUGGAACAGCCAGCUUCAAAAGUGAAUUUUCAGAAAGUGCCGACCUUCCAAGUGAAAGCUUUCAUCCAGCCAGUGGAAAAGAGCAGGACAGAACAUGUGAUGAAAUCCUGUUGGAUGAUAACUGCACUUUAGAAAACUCUGAGAAAGAUGUCUUCUCUGAGUUAGAUGAUGAGCUGGAUAUAUUAGAUAAUUUCAGCAGCUCCAGUUCAAGUCCUUUGAAAGACUCCGAAUUUGGUAUAAUUAAAAGAAGCUUCAGUGCAUCUGAAAGGCAACUUCAGAUUAGAGAUUAUAUUGGAGGCCCAGGAUCAAGACCAAGACCAGCUUUUCUGCCUCUUGACCUGCUUCUGAAAGUACCUUCGCUCAUAAUCAGGGCCCACGUUAAGAAAACAGAGGACUCGUUAGUGACAGGGUGGCAGUCUCAUAGCCUUCCAGCUGUGAUUCUUCGCAAUCUGAAAGAUCAUGCAUCUGCAGGAAUUGCUGUGUCACAAAGGAAGGUGCGUCAGAUCAGUGACCCUAUUCAGCAGAUUCUAAUUCAGCUGCACAAAAUUAUCUUCAUCACUCAGCUUCCUCCAGCUUUGCACUGCAAUUUGAAAAGAAGAGUCAUUGAAAGAUUCAAGAAAUCCCUCUUCAGCCAACAGAGCAAUCCUUGCAACUUGAAAUCAGAAAUUAAAAAGCUACUCCAGGGUUCUCCUGAAUUGAUUGAGCCUAGCUUCUUUACAGCUGAUUGCCAUUUGCUACUUCACUCCCCAGGGGGAAAUAUAUUGGCCCCUGAUGAUAGAAAAGGCUUUCCUGGCACUUUUGACAUGACGGAAGGAAUGACAUACGAACAAAUGCAGACAGCGAUUGAAGAGGUUCUGGAAGAAAGUGGCUAUUAUAGUUUCAUUUCUAACAGGUAUCACUACUAUCCAUGGGGAACAAAGAAUUAUCCAUCCAAAAGAUGAGAACUUGCAAUUCUGAACAGAUUUUUUCUUCCCCCCUCUUGUGAAGUCAAACUGCCUGUUGUAUUUCAGCUGAUACUGUCUGAUCACCAAAGGGAUAAGCUUUGCUCAAAAGAUGUUGAUAAGAAAGGAUUCCAGUGCUGAAACAAAUAUGGGACAAUUUCAAGAAACCUCAUGCUGAUGAAUAUCAGUAUGACACUUUUGUAGUAGCUCUGUUUACAUCAUAAUAUUUUUGCACUUUACAGGGAGAGGAUCAGUACAUACUGUUUGGGAAAAUGCUUUAAGGUUUAUGCAUUAGAAAAGAAACCCAACUUCUGAUAUUGCAAACCCUCUAUUUUUUUAUUUUAUUUUUUUAAAGAAUCGUUGAAUACUCAGGAAAGAGAGAGAACUUUGCAGAAACUAUAUUUUAGGCCCCAUAGCCUUGCUUUAUAUCAGUUUAUAUCUUUUAUACUAAGAGAAAGAAAUAAAAAAGCACAAGACAGAAAACAAAAUACUUGUAUGUUCACUAUACCAGAAUUAGAAGCUGAUUACAUGUCAUCAAAAUAAUCUGAAAAUUUAAAAGAAAUUCCAUUACUCAUAUUUUAACCAUUUGCAUAGUAAUAAUUUCUAAUGCUGGUAAAGUAUAUUAAUAGUCAGUAUUUAUAACUUGCAUAGCUUCUGAGAAUAAUUGUCAAUUUUCAAAUUGAAACUUCAAAUACAGUAGUAAAAAGUGUGUGUAUAUGUGUUGUGUAUCUUUCUGUACAUCACAUUUAGACGUGUAUAUAUGUGUAUAUAUAAAAUAUGUAUCAUAUGUACAUGUGUAUACAAUGUUAUAUACACACGAGUUUACUGUUUAACAGAAGAAGAAAAUGAAGCUAAUGCUUUGCUGCUAGUGGGACAUAGUACUUAAUGCACUUUGAGAAUUUCCAUUUUUAUGUACUCUAUAAAUUUAAUAGAGAUGCAGUGUCUCUUAAUUCAGUGCUUCUAAAACUAUUCUUUGUCUCUAGAGUUUAGUAUUCAAUACUGGCAAAAUGUGAGAGUGGUUUUCCAUAUUCCAAAUACUAUAUCCACUCUUUCUAGCAUAACUGCUAAAAAUAAUUUCAGUACAUUUGAUGAUAAUAUCCCUACUAGAAACUGCUGAUGCUUAUUUACAUCAUGCUUAUCAUGCUUAUGUAUGUGAUGGAUACGGAUACAUAAGUAUGUCAUACAAACUGUAUACGCACUACAAAGUGUUUCCACCAUACUCUGUUUGCAACAUGCACGAAUGAGUAAACAUAAUUUCUUAACAAGGCACAGGACAUUAUUUCAUUUGUAAUCUGUGAUUUUGUUGCCCUUGAUCCUGCAUACAAGUUUAUAAAGGGAGAAAAAAUGAAGGACUACAAAGACAAAAAAGGGUGAGUUGAAAUGAGACAUGGGCUUAUUUUUAUGCUGUGGCAAGCCAUCUUUGGAAAGCGCAUGUUACAGCCCAAUUUAACAUAAAACAUUUCCAUCAACAAGUCUGAGCUUAAUGCACAACACCACUGGGCACUGUUUGGCAAUGGUGGAAAGACAGAGUAAUGAUAGUAAAGGUCCACUGAGGAGCUACAGAAUGCAAAUGAUGGAACUACAAGUAAAGGUGGCAUGAGCAUACAGUUUGUCUGAGCAUAGAUGUUGAUGUCCUAAAGAAGGACAGUACAUAUUAUCCUGAGGAAAAUGUUAACAACAGGAAUCCCAGAGCUGCAUAAAUCAACAUUUAAAGGGUAUGAUAAAAAAAUAUUUUAACUUGAUAUUCUCACAAUUAAGAUAUCAAUCUGAAGAGUCUCUUAACCAUAACCCCAAAGGUUGAUUCCUUUCAUCAAUUUUCCCUGCUUUCCUAGUAAAUGCAGUUCUAGUUAAUGCCAAUCUACUUAUUAUGGGUAUGUGUAUGACCUUGAGGAAACAAUGUCCUAUAGCUUUUUCUCUCACCUGCCAAUAAAUGAGUGUCAUGCUUUGCAGUCUCUUAUCAUCGUAUUACCAACACUGCUGGUUACAUUUAAUUGAAUACAGAAUCCAGUUCUGGAAACUUAUUCCGUUUCUUGGUAUGACUUCAUCUAGUGACCCCCAAGUGACAUCUGCAUUAAAACCACAGAAUGAAGACCCGUCUAUGUUGCUACUGGAAUAAAAGCUUUAACCUGUGAUGCUACAUAAAAACUAAACCUCUUCAACAUAUAAUUGCAUGUUUUUGAAAAUAUCAAUAUACAUUACUCUGAAUUAAUACAUCGUUGCACUGAGCACUUCAAAAUUCACCAUACUUCAUCUUGGGAAUAUUGAAGUAAACAUAGUGCUUCCUUUGAUGUAGAGUAACAGAUGCCAUAAUCACUAAAGAAUGGAAAAUGUUGAGUGUUUAACCACUCCCACCGCACGUAUCAUUGGAAAGCAAAACCAAAGACUCUCAUGUCUUGCAAACAGAAGCUUAUCAAACUGGUUCUCCAAAGAAGGUGCCACUUCCUCCAGAUUGUCCCACUGGGUUGUUACCAUUUAGAAAGUAAUAUGAUAUAAAUAGAAACUGAUAAUAAGUGAGAUAUAGCUCACAAUACAGCCAUUAAACAUUAACUCAGCUUUUGAUUAAAUACAGCAUUUAUGUUUGGUUUUGAGAGUGCUGGUGAAUAUCAGUCUUAACGCAGGCAAAAGAGAAUGUUGAAUUAAUUGUGUUAUCAGCCUAAACAGGAAAUAACCAGAAAAAGAGGUUUGUGUGGCAUCAAAAUUAAUUGUAUAUUUUGUUAUCCAUUUCCCCCCACCCCAGAAAAGGCCUCAUUGAAAUUAAUCCCUGAUAUAUUGGUUCUACUCCCACCUAAUAGAUGUACCUGCAGUCAUUUCUAUUCAAUAGUAUAAAUCUAUCUUCACUGACAUAUUGGAGAUGAGUAAAAAUAUUUGUUUACAAAUUUCUUCUCCAGACAACUUUUUGGAUUAUAAAUUGUCAGACUGUAGUGAAUGCUUUAGCAAUGGAUUGGCACUUCUUUUCAGGAAUGUGAAGAAACUGAUAGUUUGGAUUUUUGUGAUACUAUAAAGGGUCUAUUGUUACUUGAUGGCAUUAUUUGCAUUGGAAAACACAGUACAGUUUAGGAACUCUUAUUAAGUUUACCCCAAAUAUAUUUGUAGUAUUGCUAUUUAUGGGGUGAACCUUGUGUGGCCCUUUUGUGGGUCUAACGGAAAGCCUCCCCAAAUGAGCGUGUCAGCCACAUGUAAUGGUGGCCAGAAGUGAAGAGCAAGCUUAGAGGACAACUCUGCAGCAGCUGUCCCAGUGACAUGCCAAGUUAGGAAGUAGUCCAAUAGGGACACUGGCAGUACAUGGACAGGCCAAAACUCCAUGCUAUGUGCUUCAUCAGUUAGUCCCCCUGCAAAGCGGUAAUGGCACCCAGAAUUUACUAGUUUGUUGGUUGUCGUAGGCUAGGCAUAAAGAGAUUCUCUCACCCCCUCACAUUUUUGAGAAUAUAGAUCACUUGCAUUGAAUGUUAAAAGACAUUUACUGCUGUGUUGUUUUUCAUUCUAAGAGUAAACUGUACCCUGUUCAGUGUAGUACAAUGGUGAGGGAAGUCACUACUUUCUAACAAUAAGCUUGAGGCCCUAUGCUCCCAAAUGCCAGCCCUGUGAGAUUCUGAAGUGUCACUAAUGCCAUCAAGACUGAUUAGCAUUGAGCACAGGUAUACAGAGAUGUUAUUAGCUGGAACAGUGUUAAACAUGAAUCAAAUUAUGUACUUUUUUGUUAACUUACACAUUUUAAUUUUUAAAAUACAGUAUGGCUAUAUUUAUGGUUUGUUUCUUUGACAAGUGGUUGCCAGUGGUUCACUGAGGUGAUCCAUGCAUUGUGAAGCGUCAUUUCCUGUGGAAAUUCUGUGAAUACUGUGUCUCCUCUGAGAAGUUAGACCCACUAUUCUUGUGGAUUGCUUGUGGAAAUUCAGGAACUAAAAACUACAAAGUCUUCCAGAACAACAACAACAACAAAAUGCCACUUUUUUACAGCUACCCUACAUUGAACUUAGCUGCUCAUACAAAGUUGUUUGCAACAUCUACUUUGUUUAUCUCCAGAUUAUAAAAUUGGAAACUUUUAUAAAGAGAUACACAUUAUUCUCUGCGGGGAAAUAGCCUAAUACUGAUUAUUGGUAUAUUUUGUGUCUCAAAUCGAUUGUUAUAGAAUAUAUCUAUUAUUUUAUGCUGUUUUGUAUACGAAUAAAAAUUUGCAAAUUUCUCAUAGGCACCAUUUUCUGGUAGCAAAAUGCUUGAGUGUAUCAUUAGAAUUAAAUUAUAUAUUGUAA